AUGUUGUUGCUUACUAUCUACUAUGAAAGCAAUUGUCCUGACAGUAAGGCCUUUAUAUUGAAGCAGUUACAACCAGCUCUACAUCUACUUCACGAAUAUUUAUCAUUAAAAUUGGUACCAUUUGGAAAAUCUAGAAGUAUAAACUACGGUGAUGAUGGCUUUGAAUGUCAACACGGAUCUGCCGAAUGUUUAGGGAAUAUGGUCCAAGAUUGCAGCUUACAUUAUCUUAAGGCGCAAAGUGAUAAAAAGAAAUUAGCUUAUGUCGCCUGUGAGAUGGCAACGGAAGCAGGUUCAAACGGCAAAUUUGAUUGUAUAGAAAAAGCUGGUCUUCCAAAUGAAGGAAUUGAACAAUGCGUUUCUUCUGGGCAAGGAACAAUGUUGCAGUUGGAAUCAGAAUACUACACCAGCUUAGUGCACCUUAAUUUCGUGCCUACUGUUACUAUUGACGGAGUAUUUGACCAACACAUCCAAGAUUCAGCUCAGGAAGACCUAAUCGGAACUCUAUGCUCUAUACUUAUGGUGACCCCACCGUGCGCGCGACACUAUAAUUACAUAGCGUUACGCAACCUUUUAUAUAAAAAAUCA